AUGUCAUUCACCAUCACCACCUCCCCCAAUGACGAUUUCGCGCUUAUCGAAGACAACAACCCAGACAAAAUUUACGCGCAGUUCGAACAAUUGCGCAGUAAAUGCCCAGUCGCACAUACCUCACAAACCGGGGGCUUUUGGCUUCUGACACGAUAUGACGACGUAAAGCGUGCUGCCUCCGACACAGAUACUUUUAUUUCAUCCGUGAAAGCAGUAAUUCCAAGCGACCCACGAGGCAUUCGCCGUCCACCGCUUAAUACGGAUCCACCAGCUCACACACCUUACCGCACAGCGCUUGAUCGCACUCUUAAACCUGCGCGGUUGAAGCGACUUGGUCCGAUCCUUGAGAAACACGCACAGCGAGAGCUUGACGCUCUACUGAAUGCCAGUUAUUUGGACGACCAAGACGGUGACAGUGAGACCCCAGCGGCUCAAAUUGACAUCUCUGCUCAAUUUGGUGCGUCUUUUGCUGCCUGGGUCGAGGUGGCGUGGUUGAACCUUGAAGAUGAGAUUGCACCUGUUCUGGCGACCACGGCGGCCAAAUGGGUGAAUGCGUGGCGUCAGCAGAAUGCCGCAGAGACAAGCGCACAAUCUGCGCGGCUCUAUGAUCUAGCAAGGCAAUUGUUUGCUGAUCGAAAGAAGUCAAAGCGGGAUCCAGAAUCAGAUCCAGCUUCCUCGCUAUUACUCGAAGUUGGACCAGAUGGACAGCCGUUGGAUGACGAGCUUCUUAUUGGUGCUCUUCGCCAGUCACUCGUUGUCGGCAUGGUGGCUCCUCCAAUCCUGCUGGGCGAUAUGUGCGCUCAUCUCUCCCGCGACCGAGAUCUACAAGCCAAGCUUCGGGCUGAUCUAUCACUGAUACCUGCUGCUGUGGAGGAAUUCAUUCGCCUAUACGUGCCAUAUCGCGGAUUCUGCCGCACUCCCAAACACGAUAUCGACCUUCAUGGCCGUACGAUACCGGCAGGGCAGCCGGUGACAAUGACAUAUGCAGCUGCAAAUCGUGAUCCGGACGUUUUUGAGAAUCCUAACACCUUUAUCCUUAAUCGGGAAAACAUCAACUCACAUCUUGGGUUUGGAAGAGGGAGACAUCGUUGUGCGGGGAUGCCUCUUGCUAGAAUGGCUCUGCAAAUUGCGCUUCGGGUGAUAUUACAACACACGGAGGACUUUGAAGUCAACGGACCCCUUCAUGCCAGCACGUUCUCAGUGAUGGAUGAGAAGGUUGUAUAUUCUUCGUAA